AUGCUUAGAAAAUUACCUCUUCUGUGUGCAAACCUGAAAGAAAUUAACAAGGUAUCAACAUGUUUCGCAAGCAGUGCAGCAUGUGAAGUACGAAUUCCUGUACCAUGGGGCCACAUUGCAGGCAAGUGGUGGGGCCCCAAGGAUAAAGCACCUAUUUUCACCUUUCAUGGGUGGCAGGAUAACUGUGGAUCGUUUGACCUACUAAUGCCAAUUCUCCCAAAACAUCUAAGUUUCCUCACUGUGGACUUUCCAGGCCAUGGAUUCAGCUCCAAAAUACCUCCUGGUCUUUUCUAUCACAAUUUAAAUGGAGUGAUGCUUAUAAGACGCCUGCAAACUUAUUUUAACUUAGAAAAAGUCAGUCUCAUGGGUCAUUCACUUGGUGCAAUCACAAGUUACACCUAUGGUGGAUUCUACCCACAAUCAGUUAAUUUUGUUAUAUGUAUUGAUGGCCUCAGUCCACUUAUUAAUCCAAAGCGUUUGGACAGAGUGACUGAAAGUAUUGAUGCAUUUCUAAAAUAUGAUCAACAAGUUGUUAACAAUUUGUCUGGCAAAGUAGAACCACCAGCUUAUUCAAUGGAAACUAUGAUUGAGAUGAUGCACAAAGGAACCCGAGGAUCGGUAGAUAAAGAUAAAUGCAAGUACAUUAUCACACGGAAUAUCAAAGAGUCGAAAUUAAAACCGGGAUUGUUUUAUUUCGAUCGUGAUCCGAGACUUAAGUCAGGCCCGCUGAUGAAUUGGCCAAUGGAGGAUUUGCUGGAGCAUGCAAACCGAAUUAAUUUUCCCAUCUUGGCGACCAAGGCGGAAUCGUCGCCGGUGUUGAGCAAUCAUGGCAUUAUUAAAACUGUUAGGGAGAUUAUUUCGAAACAGAAUCCAACAGCUGAGUUCCUUGCUGUGGCAGGGAAACAUCAUGGGCAUUUGAACACGCCGGAGAUUUUUGCAGAUAUUAUACCGAAAUUUAUUGCCAAAUAUGAAAACACGCAGAAAGACAUGGACCUAAAGUACUUUGAAGCUAUUAAACAUGUUGAGUAAUUAUUUAUUGUGAGAUUAAUAAAGAUAAAUUGUUGUUACAUA